CAUUAUAUGAUUGAAAAUAUAUUAGAACAAAUGGACAACAAAAAUUGGCUGGCCUAAUUUAGAAUCAUCUCUCUCUCUCUCUCUCUCUGUAUAUCUAUAUGUAUAUAUAUCUAUAUAUAUUUCAAAUAGACAUUGUCUUUCCUAAUUUAGAAUCCCUAACCUUUCAUUUGAGGACUUGUUGGGUAAUACAUGCAGUUGCACCGUUGGUGUUUGAAUUUAGUUAUAGUUUUGAAUGUAUAUAUUCAGUUUCAAUUGCAGUGAGCCAUCCUAAUCCAAUCACAAUCUGAGCUCGAAAGCUCAAAAAAUAUAAUUUAGUUGAAGUUGAGGUAUGUAAGCAGUGAAUAAUAAAAUGCAGGCAUUCUUUGGUUGGACUGCCUACUUGUGACCUUAGCAACAGUGCACAUGCUUGAGAUGACUUGCCGUCUCCACAUCCUACCCCCCAACAAUGCCAAACUGAUGUACCAAUCAGAAUGAGAAAGCAGUGCUGGAAUUAUUGGUUAAUUGAGCACAGGAAAUUAAUAUGGACGAGAAGUUUGAAUCAAAAGGAAGAGUAUGCGUGACAGGUGCUUCUGGUUUUAUCGCUUCUUGGUUGAUCAAGAGACUUCUCUUGUCUGGGUAUCGUGUCAUUGGAACAGUUAGGGGCCCCGGAAACAAUGAGAAAUUGCGGCGUCUGUGGAGGCUGGAAGGAGCCAAGGAGAGACUUGAGUUGGUGAGGGCUGAUCUAAUGGAGGAGGGCAGCUUUGACGACGCAAUCAUGGGAUGUCACGGUGUCUUCCAUAUUGCUUCCCCUGUUUUGGGCCAACCAUCUUCUGAUCCAAAGGCUGAAAUCUUGAUACCUGCAAUUGAGGGUACAUUGAACAUAUUGAGUUCAUGUAAGAAGAAUCCAUCAUUAAAGCGAGUGAUUCUCACCUCAUCUUCUUCAACCGUAAGGGCAAGAGAUGAUUUCGACCCAAAUGUGCCUUUGGAUGAAUCAUCUUGGAGUUCUGUGGAGCUCUGCGAAAGACUCCAGAUUUGGUAUGCUUUAUCAAAAACCCUGGCUGAGAGGACUGCAUGGGAGUUCUGCAAAGAUAACAAGAUCGAUCUGGUGACCGUUCUCCCCUCAUUUGUUGUUGGACCUAGUUUGUCACCUCAUUUGUGUACUACUGAAUCUGAUGUCCUCGGCUUGCUUGAAGGAAAGACUGAGAAAUUUCAUUGCCAUGGAAGGAUGGGAUAUGUGCACAUUGAUGAUGUAGCACUCUGCCACAUCCUUGCUUAUGAGCAUGAAAAUGCACAUGGACGAUACCUUUGUAGCUCAAUUGUUGUCGACAAUAAUGAGCUUGUUUCCGUGUUGUCUCGACGCUAUCCAACAUUGUCCAUUCCCAAGAGAUUCGAGGCACUUGAUAGGCCAUAUUAUGAGCUCAAUACUUCUAAAUUGAGAAGUUUGGAAUUCAAGUUCAAGUGUAUCGAAGAGAUGUUUGAUGAUUGCAUUGCUUCUUUAAUGGCGCAAGGACAUCUUUGUUUAGCCUAGUCUAGUUACAACUACUAACAACUUCCUACAAUAUUUUGAAUAUGAACUUUUUCUUACUCUGACAUCGAUCGAAUUUUAAAGUUUACUUCUUGUAGUUCACACCUUCCUUCUAAUAUUUUCAAUGAUUUAUUAUGAAUAAGAAUAA